GGCCCGACAUCACGCACCAGAGUCUUCUGAUGCUCAUGGACAGCCCCCUGAAUCGAGCUGGUCUCCUUCAGGUUUAUAUCCAUACCCAGAAGAAUGUGCUAAUCGAGGUCAAUCCCCAAACCAGGAUCCCAAGAACUUUUGAUCGAUUCUGUGGUCUUAUGGUUCAGCUGCUGCACAAGCUCAGCGUUCGAGCAGCUGAUGGGCCUCAGAAAUUGUUGAAGGUCAUUAAGAACCCGGUCAGCGACCACCUCCCUGUGGGCUGUAUGAAGAUAGGAACCUCUUUUGCAGUCCCAGAGGUGUCAGAUCUGCGUGAGCUGGUUCCUGCAGAAGAGCCAGUUGCCAUUGUGGUGGGAGCUUUUGCCCAUGGUUCGGUCAAUGUUGACUACACAGAAAAGAUGGUCUCCAUCAGCAACUAUCCCCUGUCUGCUGCCCUGACAUGUGCUAAAAUUACUACUGCCUUUGAGGAAGCCUGGGGAGUAGUAUGAGCUGCUGCUGCUUCUGUGCUGAUGGACUCCUAUACAGUGACUCCACAUUCUGGAGAGGCUUUCAUACUGAGGUGUGGACCUGGAGGACUUUGGGCUCCUGGAAGGGAAAAGACUUUCAUUUCAUCCUUGUAGCUUCUGGAGCAAUGAGACUUUAAAUGCAAUGACAUUUUUUUCUCCUAUUAAAGGUCACCUUUGAUAA